AUGGAUACAAUAUUUGUUAAACCAACUGUCAUCAACAGAAUCAUGUUCGUCAAUUGCAAUUUCUCCCUCUUCGCGAUCGCGAAUCUCGACUCCGCCUCAGCAGUCGGUGACUCGACGCUUCGACGCUUCGUUCUGUCGUCCUAUGUUCGCCGGUCCACCGCCCACCAGUCCGACACCCGCCGGUCCGCCGCCCACUGCUCCGCCCGGCGGCGCCCGCUGACUGCAGCAGCUCCCUCUAAGGACUUUGUGCAUUUUGUCCGGGAUCAGAAGGCUAUUAUUUGGCUCUUCCAGCAAAUUAUGGAGAGGUUUUUUAAACCUAAACGUUUUCGUGAGGGUUCUUCCAAUGAUCCUAAUAUUAAUGAAGUUGUGGAAAUUCAAUCUCAUGUGGAAUUAGAUUUAAAUGAUAUUGUUAGUGAUCCUGGAUUACGAAAAUCAAUUGAAGAGUUUGAUAUUUCUAUUCGAGAUCAAGUCCGAAGAGAUCAACGAAAUGAGGAAGUUUCAAAGGUUGUUAAUCAAAAUGCUCCCGGAAACAAUCAAAUGAUUUCUCCAGCAAUUCAAAAAGACCUUACGCGUGCUUGUGCCUCUGAGAUCACACUUUCCAUAAUCGAAGAUAUUGGAAACAAUGUUUUCUCCUUAAUGGUUGAUGAAUCUCGAGACAUUUCAGUGAAGGAGCAAAUGAGAGUUGUUUUGAGAUAUGUGAACAAAAGAGGACAGUUAGUUAUUAUUGCUGUUGCCAAGAGUAAUCUCAAUGCGAGUUAUUUUUUUAACUAUGUCACUAUGAUUGUUAACACAAUGGGAGCAUCAUGUAAAAGGAGGGAUCAACUUAGGCAAAUUGAACAUGAUAGGAUUGUUGUAAUGUUGGAGGGUGGAGACAUUAGUACAGGCAGUGGCAAAAAUCAAGAAACUAAUUUAGUAAGGCCAGGAGACACUCGUUGGGGAUCACACUACUUGACAUUGAGUCGUCUAUUAUCUAUGUGGCCUUCAGUGAUUCAAGUGUUGGAGAAUAUUUGUGAUGAUUCUAGUUCUUUUGAUAGUAGAGGGGUUGCCAAAAGUUUGAUUCAGAAAAUGGAGAAUUAUGAGUUUGUUUUCAUGUUGCACUUGAUGAAGAUGAUAUUGGGAAUGACAAAUGAGUUGUCACUUGUGUUACAACAAAAGGAUCAAAAUAUUGUCCAAGCCAUAAGUUUGAUUGAGAGUGUGAAAGAUCAAUUUCAAAUAUUUAGGGAAGACGGAUGGCAUACAAUUAUAGAUAAAGUCAACACAUUUUGUGAGUUGAAUGAGAUCCCAGUGCCGGAGAUGAAAGACAAUUGUAUGAUUGGUGGUCGUAGUAGACGUAGAAGGCAAGUCAUCACCAAUUUGCAUUAUUAUCGUGUGGAGAUUUUCUAUCAGGUUGUUGAUUCAGUUAUACAAGAGAUGAAUACUCGUUUUUCAGAAGUUGGCACAGAAUUGCUUAGUUGUAUAGCAUGUCUUUAUCCAAGGAAUUUUUUUUCUGAAUUCAAUGUUCAGAAACUCGUUCGACUUUGUGAUUUAUAUCCUGAGGACUUCUCAACAAAUGAUUGUAUAGUUAUUGAACAACAACUUCAGAAUUUCAUUCAUAAUAUACGACAGGAUCCAAAUUUUUUUGGAAUUGAAGAUUUGGGAAGUUUUGCUCAGAAAAUUGUUGAAACUCAAAAAAAUCAAGCUUAUCCAUUGGUUUAUCGUCUGAUUGAGAUGACAUUAGUUUUACCAGUUGCGACCGCUUCUGUUGAAAGAGUAUUUUCUGCGAUGAAGACGAUAAAGACUGAUUUACGUAACAGAAUGGGAGACGAGUGGAUGAAUGACAGUCUAGUCGUAUACAUCGAGAAAGAUAUCUUUUCAACAAUUGAAAAUGAGCAAAUAUUGCAACGUUUUCAAAAGAUGAAAAGCCGCAGGAUGCAGUUACCUCCUCUUUCUUAUCCAACGAUCACCUAA